UCUGUUGGUGUCGUUUUGAGGAUGUAGUUACAGCAGUUGCAUAACUUAAUCGUGAAUCCUUGUAUUAAAUUUUAAGCACGAUCUUUACCUCAGAUUAAUGUUAGAAUGGCAUGGUCAUUGGGGAGAAGUUAAAAUCCUAAAUCAACCGCGCCUUUCUCAGCUCAACCGUUGACGUGAGUGCGAAAAGAACUAAGUAAAGACCCCUAGUGACCCUAGCUAGGAUGAUUUGGAAUAGUGACUUGUGCACUCCAGUCUGAAUCCUUUCACUAGUUUUGGGCAGGAAUGCUGUUGUACACACAGCUUGAAAAAGGUUACUAAACUCUACUGAAGACGACAGCUUGAAAACUGCAGAAGAGAACUCUACAUGUAUAUCUGUGGUACUGGUAAUGAAGGAGAGCAAUAAAUUUAUGGAAGAGAACUCUGAAUCAGUUGCCAUGGAAAACAGGAAUAAAUCUAUGCAAGAGAACUCUGAAUCUGUUGCCAUGGAGAACAGCAAUAAAUUUACGGAAGAGAACUCUGAAUCUGUUGCCAUGGAAAACAGGAAUAAAUCUAAACAAGAGAACUCUGAAUCUGUUGCCACUGAGGGCAGCUCAAAAACUACAGGAGAUAACCCUACAUCUGGUGCGAUGGAUGACAGCUGUAAAAGUACAGGAGAUAACUCUAAAUCUGGUACAAAGGACGACUCAAAUAAUACAGGAGAGAAUUCUAAAUCUGUUGUCAUGGAAGACAGCUCAAAAACUACAGGAGAUAACUCUAAAUCUGUGGCCACGGACAACAGCUCAAAAACUACAGGAAAUAGCUCUGAAUCUUUUGUGAUGGAAGACAGCUCAAGAACUACAGGAGAUAACUCUAAAUCUGUUGCCGUAGAGGAUAGCUCAAAGUCUAUGGACGAGGAUAGUGGCCAGCAAUCUCAAGAGGAGAUUGAAGGAAGCUGGAUGUGUGCUUUGAGAAAAGCUGUCAAUUUGACAAUCCAUAAAGUAGCGGCCACCGGAAGGUAUUAA